AAGUGGAUGGGAUGGGAUGGGAUACGAAUCGAAUAAAAAAGCAGAUCGCAAUUUGCAUUUCAUUUCUAAAGCAAUCGAAAUUUGUAGAGACGAGAGAAGGAAAGACCGGCGAGAAUCAUCCAACCGUCAGAUCUGAAAGAUGCACACCUACACAGCCGUCAGUACUGCCGAUGUCCACAAGGUCGGAGACAUUGACAUAGAGUCCGGGGAGCGCCUCUACCCUGGAAUCGGCCACGGUGAGAAUCUGCUGCGAUGGGGAUUCAUACGCAAAGUCUACGGCAUACUGGCGGCGCAGAUCCUAGUAACCACCGCAGUCACCGCCGCCACUGUUCUCUACGCUCCGAUUAACGACCUCCUUCGCGCCAAUUCUGGCUUCCUUCUUUUCCUCGUCUUCACUCCCUUCAUCUUGUUGUGGCCACUCCAUAUCUAUCGUCAGAAGCAUCCAUUGAACUUGGUUUUCCUCGGGCUCUUCACUGCUUCUAUGAGUCUAACUGUUGGAGUGAGCUGCGCUAACACUGAAGGAAGACUUGUGCUCGAAGCCUUGAUAUUGACCUCAGCUGUAGUUUCAGCACUGACUGGCUACACCUUCUGGGCUGCUAAGAAAGGAAAAGACUUCAGCUUUCUAGGACCAAUCUUGUUUACUAGCCUGUUCAUCUUGAUCUUGACCGGUUUUAUUCAGAUGGUACACCCGUUGGGAUCUACCUCUGUCGCUGUCUACAGCGCGAUCAGUGCCAUAAUCUUCUCUGGAUACAUUGUUUAUGAUACUGAGAAACUAAUCAAGCGUUUCACAUACGACGAGUACAUCUGGGCGUCGGUCACCCUUUAUCUCGAUGUUCUCAACCUGUUCCUUACCAUUCUGCGGAUGCUGAAACAAGAUAACUGAGGCCACACUCUAAUUACUAGUGCAUAGAGUCUGCUAUGUGUUUAGAUAAUUGAAGUGUUUUGUUUUGGUUGAUAUGGAAACUGUGAAAAUGUUAACGUCACUGCACUUGAGCUGUGUGCUCGAGCAAAAUAUUAUCCCAACUUACAUGUGUGAAUAAAGAAUUCACAAUUUGUCCCUA